AUGAAGAAUAUCCUUUUAUGUGUUUGCCUUAUUAGCCUGGUCUUAGGCUAUCCUGUUCCUGACUCUCAAUCUGACAGCUCACAGAAUGUGGAGGGUGGCAGUAGGUCUUCAGAAUCCAGUUUAAGGAGCUCAGAACAACAGUAUGACUCAAGUAAGGAGACAGCUGUUGAUCGUCAAACGGAUGAAGUUAGUGGUGGACUACAUGAAGGCACUGUAGACCAAGACCAUAUUGACAGCAUAGAUAUUGAAGAACAGCUGAUAGGCAUUGAUGAUGAAGAUAACCAAGAAGACAUUAAACCUACUCACUCCAAGGAAUUACAUGGCAGCCAUGAAGAUGAUAAGGAGACAGAAUCCACUGAACAUGCUACUGCAGGAGAUGCUGAUGAUGAGAAUUAUGAAUCUGGGAGCCCUGAAGACACACCUGACAAUGUCACAUCUGAUGUUUCAGAAGGUGGAAGUGACCCAGAGAAUGACAGCAAACCUUCAAGUGCCAAUAAUCAGUUAAAACAUGAUCUCAGCAAAGCAGGAUAUGAGCCUGGUGACCACCCUGAUUUUGAUGAUAACCAUGAAGAUGAUGAAGCCAAUGACACUGAUGAAGAUCAAGAGAAAGAUACUCAUGAUGAUAAAGAUGCUGAGGAUGAUGACUAUGAAGAUAAUGUAAGUGUCAAAGCAGGGGACAGCACAGAGACUAAUAAAGACUGUGGCUAUGACAAUAAUGAAAACAAGGAUACAAAUCUUAAAAAUAACUUUAUCAGCCAAGAGUAUAGCUAUGAAUCCAAUGCAGACAACAUGCAAAAUGAUGAUUCAAAUACAUUACUAAACUCUAACAGUGACCUCAGUGUUAACAAGGAUGUUACUAGUACCUCUCUUGAAAAAAGCAAAGACGUAACAAGGAAUAUGAAGAAAGAAAAGCAGAAGACAUCAAAAAAUUCCAAAGGUCCAAAAGGCAAGGGCAGCAAAAUUAAAAUCCUGAGCAAUUCUGACAUGCACAACAGCAAAUCUGGGGAGGAAAAGCAAGUGUCAGCAAAACGCAUGGGCUUAGAAAACAGAGAUUCUAAAAAAACAAGUGGAUUAGAUACAGGGGUGCAUAGUGAACAAGAGCAAUCAAAGGUUUAUGAUAGCCACUCAAAUGAAAAUAUUGCUUCCAAAGAAGAACUUAACUCAUCAGAAGACCCUGACUCACCAGAGGACCCUGACUCAACAGAGGACCCUGGCUCACCAGAGGACCCAGCCUCAUCAGAGGAACCUGACUCACCAGAGGAACCUGACUCACCAGAGGAACCUGACUCACCAGAAGACUCUGACUCCCCAGAGGACACUGAAUCACCAGAGGACACUCACCCACAAGAGGACACUGACUCUCUAAAGGAAACUCACUCAGCAGAAGAUGCACACUCAAUAGAAGACACUCAUUCACUAGAGGAAACUCACUCAUCAGAGGACACCCACUCGCCAGAAUCUAACACUAACUCAAAGGAAGAUGUACAUUUAAAAGCAGGUGAUAAACAUUCAAAAGUGGGCACUAGUUUGUCAGUAGAAUAUUCUAGUCCCUCAAAUGAGGAUGCCUCCCAGUCCAAGGAGUCAGAUGAAGACAUUACCAAGUCAGUAGAAGAUAUCACAAUUUCAGAAGAGAAUGUUAGUAAAUCAAAAGAAAAUAUUGGUGUGUUUAGCCAUAGUGAAUCCAAAGAAACAUUGGUAAUGAAAAUAGACCAUGAACAGUCAAUAGAAACGGGAAGCAAAAGCAAAUCAGAGGAAGAAGACAUUCGUGACAAAUCCAUAGAAGACAAAAGUGAAUCAAGGGAAGACACACAAAGCAAAGAAAACUCUGAAGAUGUGUCAGCAAAUGACAGCAAAUUAGAUGACUCUGAUACCACAUUAGAGCAUGGAGGAAGCAGUGAGUCAAAAGAGACCAAUAAGUCCAAUAAAUCUUUUGAACUAAGGUCCAUUGUGCUAGGAAAUAAUACAUUGCCUGACAGUAAAUCAUCCAGCAAAUCAGCAGAAAUCUCCAGUGUUUCCAAAGAUGAGACAGAAGAGGAAAAUGACUCAGACUCAGCAGAGAAGGAUAACAAAGACAUCACAACAUCAGAGAGUGAUGAGAGCCAAGAAAGCAGUUCCAAAGAAAGCGAUGAUGAGACAGACGAAGUAAGAAAUAGAAGUGAAUCCAGUGAUUCAGAGGAAGAUAUCAGUAGAGCAUCAAAAAGUUCUGAAAUUGAUAGUAGAAGGUUAAUGUUUGAUUUUUUCAACAGGAAAGCAAUUGGGAAUGAUAAUGACUGUCAAGAUGGUUACUAG